UCCGCGCUAACUUCAGUUUAGUUCACGUACUUCAUGGCACUUUGAAUUUGCGGUCGCCCGGCCACCCAUGUACUCUAUUCUGUGGAACUUUACGUCGCGUUGAUUCAACGUAGGCAAAAUGAGUGUUGAAAACCCAGCAAGUGAUAAUGAUGAAGGAGCAGGGAAGGUAAAUGGUAAUAAAAACGAGCACGUGAAUGGUAUGCAAAACGGAUAUAGCAGCAGCUCGGACAAGCACAAGUCGAGCCACAAGUCGUCCAGCAAGGACAAGCACCGCGACAAGGACCGCGACCACAAGAGCUCCAAGCACAGCAGCUCAAGCAGAGAUAAGGAGAAGCACUCCAGCAGUAAAAGCCACAGCAGUUCUCACAAAUCAUCAAGUAAAGACAAGGAGAGAAGUGACAAAGACAGGGAGCACAAAGAUCGCAGCGACAGAGACAAGGAGCGCAGUGACAGAGAUAAGGAGCGUAGUGACAGAGACAAGAAGGACAAGGAACGAAGUGACAAGCACCGCAGUGACAAAGACAAGCAUCGGGACAAGGACAGGAGUGACAGAGACAGGAAAGACAGUAAAAGUAAUGAUGAGAAGAAGUCUUCAUCAUCCUCAAAAGAUAAAGAACACAAAUCCUCAUCAUCAAAGGAUAAAGAACAUAAGUCUAAAGACAGAGAUCGUGAGCGAGAGAAGGAUCGCCACAGAAGUGACAAAGACAAACACCGCAGUGACAAGGAUAAGAACUCAAGCUCUAAAUCAAAACACAGCAGUUCCAAGGAUAAAGAAAAAAGCAGCAGUGAAAGGAAUGAAAAAAUCAAAACAGAAACUGAAGAUUCUCAAGAUAUUUCUAUUAAAGCUGAACCCAUGCAGGUAGACAUUCCACCUGUGAAGAAGGAAGAAGAUAGUGAUGAUGGAUACGCUGGAGCCAACAACACCACCAUGUCAUCAUGUGAUUAUUCCAUGUCCCAGUUUAAAGAUGAUCCACUCUCAGAAAUUAAGGAUGAAGAUAGUGAAGAAGAUACCCCAUUGCUGGAGCGUAUGGCACCAAAACGCCGUGCCGUCAAGAGCGAAAGUGAAGACGAUACACCUCUUACUAUGCGAAAGAAGCCCAAAAAGAAGAAAAUUAAGAAAGAAUCAGGUUAUGAUGAAGAGAUGUCUGAUGAUGAGCCAAAGGCCAAGAAACCUACAAAAACAAAGCCAGCGGCUAAAGUUAAGACUGAAGAUGGUCCGAGUCCCACUAAACGGAAGAAAAAACAAGACGAUGAGCCAGAAGUAUGGAAAUGGUGGGAAGAGGAAAAGAAAGAUGAUGGAACUAAGUGGAAAUUCUUGGAACACAAAGGUCCUCUAUUUGCACCACCUUAUGAACCUAUUCCUGAGAAUGUCAAGUUCAGAUACGACGGGAAAGUGGUUCGGCUGUCGCAAGAUGCCGAGGAAGUGGCUGGGUUCUAUGCUCGCAUGUUGGACCAUGACUACACUACUAAAUCAGUGUUCAACAAUAACUUUUUCGCUGACUGGCGUAAGGUGAUGACGCAUGAUGAAGCUAAACUAAUAAAAGAUCUCAAAAAGUGUGACUUUAAGGAGAUGCAAGCUUACUUCCAAAGUGUAUCUGAAAAGAAUAAAAACCGUACAAAGGAGGAAAAAGCUCAACUGAAAGCCACAAAUGAAGAAAUACAGAAAGAAUAUGGAUUCUGUAUUAUAGACGGACAUAAAGAAAAAAUAGGCAAUUUUAGAAUAGAACCACCUGGGCUGUUCCGUGGCCGAGGAGAACAUCCAAAAAUGGGAAUGUUGAAGAAACGGGUCAUGCCUGAGGAUGUUCUGAUCAAUUGUUCUAAGGACAGUAAUGUGCCCAAGCCACCUAAAGGUCACAAAUGGAAGGAAGUCCGCCAUGAUAACACAGUUACUUGGCUUGCUUCAUGGACAGAAAAUGUUCAAGGACAAACCAAGUAUGUCAUGUUGAACCCUAGUUCUAAAUUAAAAGGUGAAAAAGAUUGGCAAAAAUAUGAAACAGCUAGAAAACUCCACAAGUGCAUUGAUAAAAUAAGAGAUACUUACCGUUCUGACUGGAAAGCAAAGGAAAUGCGAGUGCGGCAAAGAGCAGUAGCUUUAUACUUCAUAGAUCGUCUUGCCUUGAGAGCUGGUAAUGAAAAAGAUGAUGAUCAAGCUGAUACAGUGGGUUGUUGCUCCUUGAGAGUUGAGCACAUAGCAUUGCACAAGGAGAAGGAUGGUAAAGAAUAUGUUGUUGUGUUUGAUUUUCUUGGUAAAGAUUCUAUUAGAUACUAUAAUGAAGUGCCAGUGGAGAAACGAGUUUUCAAGAACCUUGAGCUUUUCAUGGAGAAUAAAAAAGAUAGUGAUGACCUUUUUGACAGGCUGAAUACCCAAACCUUGAAUGAGCACCUGAAAGAGCUAAUGCCAGGAUUGACUGCCAAGGUGUUCCGUACAUACAACGCGUCCAUCACACUUCAGAGGCAGUUGGAUGAGCUCACUGACGGUGAUGCUUCUAUACCAGAGAAGAUUCUAGCCUACAAUCGCGCCAACCGUGCUGUAGCUGUUUUAUGUAACCAUCAACGGGCAGUGCCGAAAGGUCACGAUAAAUCCAUGGAGGCACUGAAGGAGAAAAUCCAAGCUAAACGUGAUCAAAUUGAUGAAGCCGAGGAGGAUGUGCGGCAGUCGGCCAAGGCCGCCAAGCGGGGGUCCGUCAAGGAGAAAAUGAACCACGACAAGAAAACAAAGGCACUGGAACGUCUGCGGGACCAGUUGAAGAAGCUCGAGCUUCAGGAAACUGACCGUGAUGAGAACAAGACGAUUGCCCUCGGCACGUCCAAGCUCAACUAUCUCGAUCCGCGAAUUUCCGUCGCAUGGUGCAAGAAACACGACGUGCCGAUCGAGAAGAUCUACAACAAGACUCAACGCGACAAGUUCCGCUGGGCCAUCGACAUGGCGGGCCCCGAGUACGUGUUCUAGGCGCCGCCACCGCCGCCGCGCCGCCGCUUGUUAGCAGUAGCUAUACUUUACAACUUUAUAUCAUAGGAUUUGCAGAUCUGCAAAUUUUCCACUUUAUACAUUACAUUGUUUUAUGUAUUGUUCUUUUAUGAACUUGACCAGCUUAUUUAAUUUGUGUGAUUUAUUAGUAAAUUUUGGAUGUAUCUUUCGACCCGCGUAGACAUUGUUCCUUCAAAGUUAGGAUUUAGAAUUCUAAAUUAGAGUCUGAUUCUAAUUUAUUUGGCUUAGAAAUUAUGGCUUACCCACACUAGAUUUAAGAAUUAGGUUAUAGCUGAUAUAAAUAGGAAUAAUUUAAGUAUUUUUGUACAGAUUGGCAAUCUGUCCUAGGAUAAUUAUCUAUACACAAAUGUUAAGUCCUGUAAUAAAACUUUCUUAAAUAAACAUUCAAUGAGAAUAUUAAAUUCUAUUUAUUUUCCUUUAUUGUAAGAAUCAAUUUCAUAUUAUAUUAAUUUUCAAUAGAUAUAUUAUAAAAUAUCAUUAUUUUGGCUAGCUAUCUCAACUGUUUGAAUGAAACCUAUCACGCAAAUGACAAAUUUCUGUGAACCUUUCUAAAUUAAUCAUAAGUUGCAGUGUUGCAGUUGAUAUUGUGAAAUGAUGUGAGAUUGUUUCUGGGUUCAUCAUGGAAACUACAAAGAGCAAAUAACUUCUUCAAACUCUCUCUGGGUUCCUCACCUACGAGUUAUUUGCUCUUGGUAAAGUUUGUUUUAGAUGUAUGAAAAGACAAAUGUAGCGUUGUUUUAUUUUUGUAAGACAAGAUGAAUCUUAGCAGCUAAACUUAGAAGUCAGCGUUACGGAAGGUACAAUAUUAGGAGUAUGUAAUAAAUUUAUAGUCUUGUAAAUAGCAAUUUUUACCAUGUCAUACAAUAUUGUAAAAUGAGAUUAUGAAAAUAAAACUUGGACAUUAGGAAAA